GAGAUGGGACAGGGCCUGGGCCUCCUCCAGGGCAUGCACGGUGACCUGUGCUUGGGCCCUCCUGCUGACUUUCACCUACUUCACCCUUGAGCCCACGUUUCUGGCCUUCCUCUUGGAGUCUUGUCCUUCAACUGCUCUUCCCUGCCUUUGUAAGGCACCUUCUAUGUCCAGCUGCAGGGCCAAGAAGGAUCUGACCCCUUUGGCCAGGGACAGCGACAGGUGGGCUGAAAGAUGAGCCACUGAACAUGAUCCUGAGCACCGGGAGGGGGGAUCGGCUCCAUUUCAGCCCCUCGCGUCCGGUGAGCAUGACUGCGCAGCUUUAUAUAGCUCUGAGAGCCCUAUAUAGGUUGGAAGCCAGGUGUCCCUUAGACAGAAGAGCCCUCACGACGAUCAGUCUGGCUGGACACAUUCCUCGCGCUGGUGCAGUUGGGUCCCCAGAGGCGCGGCCCACCCCACAGCCGGCAGGAUGCCCAGCAGAACUGUCCGCUACACCCGCUACAGCCCACGGCAGCGGCGCCGGCGGCUGUUGGCUGAUCGCAGUGUACGUUUCCCUAAUGACGUCCUGUUCUUGGACCACAUCCGCCAGGGUGACCUGGAGCAGGUGGGACGCUUCAUCCGGGCUCGGAAAGUCUCCCUGGACACCAUCCACCCCUCAGGCCUGGCCGCCCUGCAUGAAGCUGUGCUCUCUGGAAACCUGGAAUGCGUGAAGCUGUUGGUCAAAUACGGGGCUGACAUUCACCAGCGUGACGAGACGGGCUGGACACCCCUGCAUAUCGCCUGCAGCGACGGGUACCCCGACAUAGCCAGGUACCUCAUCUCCCUGGGGGCAGACAGUCACGCCGCCAACGACGACGGCCACUUGCCCUCCGACCUCAUCGACCCGGACUUCAAGGACCUGGUGGAGCUCUUCAAAGGGGCCAGGAUGGACUGAGCCGGCCCGCCCUGCCGGGGCUCCCGCC